AUGGCGGGGGAAGCGUCGAAAGCGGUAGCGAAGCGGCCCAAAGCGGCUGGCUUCGCCGAAUCUUUCUGGUCCGCAGACUAUGCAGGCGGACUAGGCAUCCUGUUCCAGAAGCUACAGCAGGGUGUAAUCGAAAACCAACAAGUGCUCACUGUCGCAACCAUGCGCGCGGAGGCGGAAGAACUGUACGCUGAGCGGCUAGAAGAUAUUGCGCCAACUAUUGACCGCAUGACCGGCGGCUUUGCAAGAGACGAUGGCGCGAGCGUCAAAAAGGCAUACGAAGGCGUUCGCGGCGAGAUGGUCGAGGCGGCCAAGAACCACAUGAAGAUCUCCUCCAGCAUCCGCGAGCUCGUUGUCUAUCCCUUUGGCAGAUGGUGUGAUGCGCACGCCCUACGAAUACAGAAUUCCCAAGACGAUUUGCAGGCCAAGAUUAAGGCGCAUGACCAACAAGCGGACACGGUCAGAAAGCUGCGAAGUCACUACUUCAACAGGUGCAGGCUAGUGGAGGAUUUGGAAGAAGAGAACAAGCUCGCGUUUAAAGAGCCCGAGAAGGAGAUAUCAAGCCCGAAGCAAAGUCCUCCGCCGAAGAUCGUGCUGCCCGAGGAUGACGACAAUUUACUGGUCGAGAUCGGUGAUGAGACUUUCACGUCAGAGAGACUAAAGGAAGUCUUUACGAAAGCUCUGAAUGAGAUUCCGAUGGGGGAGUUCAAGGUCCCAAUUCUGGGAAUCUAUCAAAACGUAUCAUCUGGUACAGAUAUCGUGGACUUUCUCCAGAAGCGUCUUGGUGCAUCAAGCGUUGGCUACGCUGAAAAAAUGGGCCAAGAUCUGGUGGAAAGGGGAUUCUUGAGACUGGUUGGCAAUGUCGGCAACACUUUCGCGAACAGCUCGCGAAUGAAGUAUCAGUGGAAAAGCAGAGUAUUCCAGAUCACUGGCAUCCCGGAGAGAAAGAAGCCGUUGGGACGGGUCGGCUCCGCUGCUUCAGAAACAGGCAGUAUCGACUCGCCUACGGUAACAAAUAUCGCAGAGACCCUGCAGUCCUGGAAUCCUCUCAACAAUCCCUACCCUAAUGAGACGCCAGCUGAGAGGCUGAGGAGAGAAGCUAAAGAGUCGGACGAGAAGUACAAGGUCGCUGUACGAAGACUGGAUCUACUACGCUGCAAUCUGGAGGAAUCGAUGAUGGACCACUUGAGAUUCCUUGAACGUUGCGAGACCGACCGUCUGAAAGCCAUCAAGUCAGUGAUCCUUGACUUCUCAGGCGCUAUAAGCAACAGCAUCCCCGCCUUUCAAUCUCAAGUCGAUAAUAUGGUGCUCUAUCAAGAGACCAUCAACCCUCUCAGCGACCUCCGCUACUUCCUCGAGAACUAUCGAAUAGGCGCCUUCGUGCCUCGCCCGACACCCUACGAGAACUACUACGGCAGUGUCGACGAUCAGAUAUUCGGCGUAGAUCUGGAAGCCCGCGCCCGUGCUGACCGCAAACGCGUCCCUGUCCUCGUCACAUCCAUUCUCACCUUCCUCGACAACCAUUACCCGGACCUCGAAGGUGACGAAGCUCGACGGUCCAUAUGGCUAGUUGACGUCCCGCUUGCCGCCACCCACCAUCUCCGCAGCCAACUCAACACCUCUGCCAAAAUACCUCGCGAAAUCCUUGAACGCUACGAAAUCCCUAUUGUCGCUUCCGUCCUGAAAUUGUACCUUCUCGAACUCCCUGACUCGCUUGUGAGCUCGCAAGUGUACGAAAUCAUCAAGACCAUCUAUGCCACAACCCAAGAUGCCACUCCGAAUCCGAUCUCCAAUGAAGCAGUCGACUCCGCGCCCCGGAUCAAAGUCCUGCAAUCGACCCUCGGACAGCUCCGCCUCAAUAAUAUUGCCACCCUCGAUGCCAUCACAACGCACUUCACACGCUUGAUUGACCUGACUUCCGCGGAUGAGUCCUAUAUUGCGGAGCUAGCACACAGCCUAGCACCCUGUAUAUUACGGCCUCGCACCGAGAACACGCUGACCCUCGAAGACCGCCACGCCUACCGCCUCAUUCGCGAUCUCUUCGAGCACAAGGAAGCGAUUUUUGGGGAGUUGAAGCGACAGUCGUCGACGCUGAGCGCCAGCAACAGCAUUGGAGGACGAACCCGCGCCGUAUCAAAUGUUAACGCACCCGACGAAAGCAAUCGUCGUGCCAAUAUGGAGGCACGGCAGAAGGCCAUCACCGAAGCGCGCCGCGAUCGUUCGCCGGCACCAGCAAACCGCCACAGGAGAGACAAGUCCACAGAUGGCAGCUUAGGCGCUGGCCGCUUUCCCGUUGUCGCGAGCCCACGGCCAGAUCAGACGACCCACCGCGUGAGCUUGGGUGGUGGACCGCCGAACAAACGUACCAGCCUCGAAGUCCCGGGAAGUCAUGAGAAUAGUCCCGUGCACAGCAGGACGGAUGCGCACAACAAACUCGCGGCCAUCACGCAAGCGCAACCAUCGUCCCAGUCACAGGGUGACCCGUCGGCAGCGGCAACGAGUACCAACGGUGGCUUCGGCAGCGUGAUGCAUUCCCCCGAAGACACGUUCGGGUCUCGCAUGCCGGGAGCUUUCUCGGGCGGAGGGCCUGGGCCUCACAUCCCACCGCCAACGGAGGAUGACAGCCCCGUCAGUGAUGUCACGCCGCCCGGAACGGCGACAUCAGAGAAGGCCAGGGAGGCUAACCAAGGUGCUUUUGGGCAAAAUGCCAAGGUGGGUAGCUUGAAGAGGAGUACGGCAGGGAGCGGGAAGCGACCUGAGAGGGGAAGAGGCAGCUUGAGGCGUGGGGAGGAAGAGGAACAGCAACAAGGGCAAGCGGUACCGGGCGUCACGUUGAGUGAUGGCAAGAUGGAUGAUGACUUUUGA